CCCGGAUUGCAGAAGUAUGUGGCCAAGUCGGCAUGCCAGAUAGGGAGGCCAGCAUCUAUGUUGCGCAUGGAGAUCUAGAGCUCUUGCGCUUGUGCUGUUCUGCUCCAGUUCUAACAGAGCUUCAAUCACAAGUGGCAGCCGCGCUGACAGAGCACGGUGAGCCCUCAAGUGCCUUAAAUAUCAGAUUGCUUUGGCGCCAUAAGAGCGGUGAGACACAUGUUUGCGAUGAUGCCUCUCUUGCAAAGGCCUGGCAGCGGUCUGGAUGUGAUCAGGGGGGGUUGCUUGAAGCUCCAAGUUUGCCGAAAUCUCAACCAAAUCUCGACCGCAUCGCUGGAUAGUCGCACAUGUAUGACGUGUCGGCGAGAAUUUUCGUCGAGAAACCAGCUCAUGCGUCACCUUCAAAGCCUUGGUCACUAUGGGGAGCAAGGUGAAGAGAACCUGUCUGGAAUAAAGGCAGCGGAGGAAGGUGAUGGUGCGGGAAAGGAGAAACAUGAACAAUCUGACUUUGCUAACCGAGUCAGGCGCAAAGCAUGGGAACUGUACUACCAAGACCUCCCAAAGUUCGAACAGAUCAAGGAACUCAUGCAGACCUUUGUGCCGUACUGCUUCCGAACCGUGCCCACAUCACCACUCGCCUCACUGGCACUUGCCAAAUUGCAAGCUGAAACGGUGGUGAAAAGACCUGUAGGACUUGACGAGAGCUAUUGUGACUGCUGGGCACUGGCUGAGAACGCUUCAGAGGAAGGUGUUUGGACCCACCUCCAGGCUGCACAAGAGUCAGGGGCAAUCCAACGGCAAGAGGCUGCAAGCAUGGUGCCUGUGAUGCUAUUGAAGGUUCAGCCUCACCACUUUGUUGCGGACUUGUGUGCUGCACCAGCCUCCAAGACCUUACAGCUCCUGGAUGUUAUGAACCCAGGAGUGAGAACAGGUGAAGUGCCCCAAGGCUUGCUGGUCGUGAACGACGAUAACUGGGGAAGAUGUGCGACAGCCUUGCGACGCACCCACCAGCAUGCAAACUCUUCGCAUUUGAUGUGGCUUUGCGGCGAUGCGCGAGAGUUCCCGACUCUACAUGAUCAUUCGGAUGGCCGCGUCCGCGGAGCCCGAAAGAUCCGCUUUGAUCGAGUCCUUUGUGAUGUCCCUUGCUCAGGUGAUGGACGCUUACGCCGCAGUCCGAGUGGUUGGACAUCUUGGCAUCCGCGCUAUAUGCUACAGAUGCACUAUGUGCAGAGUGCGAUUUUGAAGCGUGGUCUGACCAUCUUAAAGCCUCAGGGGUGUUUGGUGUAUUCUACGUGCAGCAUGUCUCCGAUUGAGAAUGAGGCAGUUGUGGCUGCCGCUUUGGAAAAGUUUGGGUGCCAGGUGCGCUUAGUUGCAGUGGAGCAGUGGAGCCAUGCGCAGGGGCUCUCAACAUGGAAAGUGCCGGCACCUGACUUCCAGAACUUCCGGUCCUUCUCGAAGGAAGAGGUUGACGAAGAACACGAGGAACUCUGGUGUCGAAACGGGGGCCCUCUCGCCCCAACGAUGUUUCCGCCCAAAGAUCCAGAGAUCCGGGCUGCACUCUGCCAUUGUAUUCGCAUCAGCCCUACGCAUGGCGAUUUUGGGGGCUUUUUCUGCGCACUGUUCGAAAAGUUGACUCCAGGGCCUGCAACGCUGCCUCCAGCGCUGGGCGCGUCAAGAGCUGGAGAAGCACCGCGAAAAGCACAAGAUGCGCCUUGAGACGAAACAAAGAAAGCAAGGGCUCCAAAUCCAAUACCGCCCCUUUUGGCGGCCACUAAUGUCGCCCAGCUUGACUGGCUGGUGAAUUGGUUCGGUCUUCUUGGUGGUGCGGAUGAGGCUUCCAAGGCUGGAGUUCGGCGUUUUCCCGUCGAGCUGGUUCGCAACGAUCCAAAUCUUAAGGACGGCCUCAUCAUUGCAAGCCCAAGUUUGUGUCGAUUGGUGCUGAAACAUGCCCGACCUCGAGUCCUCGCUGGUGGUAUGCCCUUGCUUGCAGAUGUGGCCGAUGCUGACUUCGAUGAUAUGUGCAGCCGUUUUGAUAUUGCCAAUGUAGCAGCUCCAGUGCUAGGUGCUUGCGACGAUUCGCAGCAUAAAAAGCAAUUGAGCAUUUCUGCACGUGUGACAACCGGCCACACAGUGAUCGCAACAAUUGGAAGUGCGCAGCGCCAUAGCAUGCUGCGGGUUCUCUCAGGCACAACGUAGAGGUGGCCACGACCCUGAAGAGCCCAAAGCUUCAUGAAGACAGAUCGAAGCAGCUUUCAUUGUGUCCAACUGUCAGACCUAGGAUCUAGAGCAGCACUUGGACCCUUCGGCCGACAGUACUCUCGCGCUGCAUCAUCAGCAAUGGCUGGACGAAUCAUCCUGGUGUUGGCUAUCUUGACGACCAAGGCGACCUGUCUGGGUAUACAGGCUUAUCAUGGCUUAUCAUCUGAAUCUUAUCAUUUGCUUGACCGAAUCCAAUUGGACAAGGUUUGAGUUGGGGCCUUUGGUGGCCUUUGACUGUUUAAAUUUGCACAUGUUGGCACUGCCGUUGGCACUGCCGCUGGCACUGGCAGUUUCAAAAAGCUGCUUGAGUGAUCACUUGGACUGUUGCCUCGGUGCGCUAUGUCGUGGCCGCUACGUAUUUGGUUCAGCUACCAGGUACCAUGCCUCAGGCACCACUGACAGCGCCGAG